UAGAGACGGAUACAGGCGGUCUGUGAUUAAACUUUUGUUUAGUUUUUUAUAUUGAUUUAUUCACAUUUUUUAUUUUUUAUUUUACUAAAGAUUUCUGUGCUUUGCGUACUAAAGAUUUCUGUGCUGUGCGUACUUUUUAUUUUUUAAUAUAAGUAAAGUGCAGUGAUUUCGCGCCACUUCGACAGGCGACGGCAGGACAAGCUCUGUCAAAACUACGUCAUCGCCACUGUGCCAUUGACAGACUUUACUGCUUGGGAAAAGUCGACAAAUACAUUUGCUAAGGUACGGAAGUGACGAAAGAGAAUAAGGACAUGUUCAACCCUAUCAACAGUAGUCUACCCUCUGGGGAAACGACUGGCGGCUGCAAUAAUGAGCAUGACAACAAUUCAGAUGGUUCAUCAGAUGAGGACUCUAUAAGUCUGUUGCAUGAUCUUAAUACCAUCCAAAGCAAAGAGGGAAUGCAACACUGUGGUUUAAUUUUAGCAACCAAUAGCAAGGAGUCUAAGAAUAUGAUGGAAAUAAGCAAACUACAAGUGGCAGAAUAUGAUGUGGAUGAUGCAGACAAUGCAAAUUACUCUCAAAACGGUAAUAUGCACAAGGAGAUGCAGCUUUACGAGACAGAUGAAAAUGAAGACGCUCUUCCUCACAAAACAUGCAGAGGAGAUGAGGCCUGUGGUGAAGUCAUCACUCAAGCCGGAGACAUUGUUAACUUAGAAAAUAUUGCCGCUCUCCAUGAAGUCUUUGCUGAGGGUAAUGUGGAAGGGGUACAGGAGCUGUUCAAUGCUGAUGCCGAUAUCAAUGCUAUAAGCAAUGAUGACACUCCACUGCUGGAUUCUAUAUCCUCUGGACAUCACCAGACUGCAAGGCAUAUGUUGGCAUUGGUGGAGAAAAAGCAAAAAGAAAUAUCAACUUGGUCUCUGACACAACAACAGAAUGGAGUCAUAUAUCUUUCAGCUCUGACAAAUAUUCAGAAUGAACUGGCUGAGAUCUUUGUCAAGCAACAGUUUGAGAAGAAUAAUCUUGUCCACAAAUACAAGAGCAUGACUUCACCCAUUCUUCGACAUGGGGUGAAAAUUCAAUUUCUUUCCCUUUGUUCACGUCAAAGGAAAUUGGUGAACAUCCUUCAGAUGCAAAUAAAUUGGGUACAUUUUCUUGACGAUGAAAAAAUAUCCACUCAAAACAGUCAAGUAGUGCAAGAGCAGCAACGUCAGUUCAACAGUCUUUCGACUCAGCCACUCUCUUCCAAGAUGACAGAAAUGAAAAAAGGUUCCCAAGACAAACUCAUUCCAAAAAGGGGAACCCAAAAGUCAACAAGACAGUCCAACCCACAGAAAAGAUUUGCCCAAACCAAGGACAACGUCCGUACAGUCUUUCCAAGUCCUUUACCACAAGCAAACAGGCAGGAUCACUCUUAUGCGCUGAGAAGAAUCCAAGCCAACAAUGUUCAAACACAAGAUAUCUAUCCACUGUCACAAGGAAGAGCUAAAGAACAUAGCAAACAUCUCUCUCAGCUUAUCCAAAAGGGACUAAUACCACAUGGAGGUGUUUUACAGAUUUUCUUAAAGGGGAAGUGCCACUCUGCACAUGUGCAGGGCAAUGGUUCAAUAAAGGACAGCAAAGGAAAGUCACACUUGUUUCCCGAGUGCUGGCUUCAGUCUAUCCUGGCGAACAACAUCCCUGUCAGUUCUAUGUAUGCCUGGGACAAGGUGAUGUUCCAAAACAAAACUUUGUCUUACUUAUUCAAAAAAGUGACUGAAGAAAGCACAUCAGAGCUGGAUGUCCAACAUAACAGUCAUGGUUUUAAUCAGGAAACACUAACUCCAGUGUCAGGUCUGAAUCCUCUAAUGGCAAUCAGGACAGUUUAUUUGGUGGCGGAUGAAGAGCUGAUACCAAAUGCUGUAAUAGACAGCUACUGGAAGAGGCUGUUACAGAAGGACUUUCCACACUUCUAUUGACGAGCUCGCCAUCAUCCUCAAGUUUGAUGUGGGGUGUUUGAAACAAAUUUAAACAUUUGUUGGAAUGUUCAUUUGAUAUCCUCUUUGGGAGUUUUUUAGUUAAUUUACUUCAUAUUUUAUCUGAUUAUAUAUAUCAUGCACUCAUUUCAAAAUGUACCUUGUGAAGAAAUGUGAAACCUACUAUGUAAUUACCAGUACACUGAAGCGGUGCAAUAAAACUUCUGAGUUAAUUUA